UAAAGCAUUAAUUUUGAUGACAGGCCUGAGAUCCAAAAAAAUUUUUGGAAUUGGAUAGCCUUCAUUCAAAGCGGGCCAUUCCCCAACCGCAACAUUCAAUAAAAUUUGCAAACAAAAUACUGUAAAGUCAGCAUGAGCACUCACUCUCUCCCUUGAGGCCGUGCCGUAGACGCGCCGCUGUCUCUGCGACGGCAUCCUCACGCACAAUUCUCCAUCAAUGCGCAUUCACCGCUUCCAUUCGCACCGCCAUUCCCUAUGACGUCUUAAGAUUCUAUAAAACCACCACCACCACCAUAGAAAUCCUGCAUUGCAUCACCUGUAUCCUAAUUUUUGGGAAGAUUCCGGCUGUUAUACGCCGCCGGAAUGGGCCAGACCGUCUCCAGCCGAGGCGGCUCCGCCGGUAGUUCGACUCAAUUUCGCAAUGCCAGCCUCUUCGUGGAUCACCAUCAAUGCCGCCUUGAUCUCUCCGACCAACAGCGAGAUUACACCUCGGACAUCCCUGACGAUUGUUUAGCCCUAAUUUUCCAAUUCCUGAGCGUCCGCGAUAGAAGUCGGUGCUCAUUGGUAUGCCGGCGGUGGCUCUCCGUGGAAGGGCAGAGUCGCAAUCGCCUCGUCCUCAACGCCUCGAACGACAUCGUUCCGCACCUGCCUGCGCUCUUCAACCGCUUCGAUUCGAUCAUCAAAUUAGCCCUCCGCUGCGAGCGCAAGUCCGUGAGCCUAAACGACGACGCCUUGGAUUUGAUCUUCCUCCGUUGCCCUAACCUGACCAACCUGAAGAUCCGUGGCUGCCGCGAGAUAUCCGAUCUAGGUAUGUUUUCUCUGGCUAAAAACUGCAAAUCGCUGCGCAAAUUCUCCUCCGGAUCUUGUACGUUUGGUGCCAAAGGCAUGAACGCGCUUUUGAAUAACUGCUCUUCCCUCGAGGAAAUUUCCGUGAAACGAUUACGCGGAAUCAACGAUGGAUUCGCCGUCGAACCGAUUACCCCUGGCGCUGCAUCUGCGUCUCUGAAAGCUAUCAGGCUCAAGGAGCUCUACAACGGCCAAUGCUUCAGCUCAUUGAUAAUUGGAUCGAAAAAUUUGCGGACAUUAAAGAUCUUGAGGUGUUUGGGGGAUUGGGAUGGAUUAUUACAGGUGAUUGCUGAGGGAGAUAAUUUGUUGACGGAAAUUCAUCUAGAGAGGCUCCAGGUGAGUGAUUUAGGGCUAAUGGCAAUUUCCAAGUGCCCUAAUUUGGAGACCUUUCAUUUAGUGAAAGCUCCAGAUUGUUCAGACGCAGGGAUUUCUGCCAUUGCAGAGAAUUGCAAGCUUCUGAGAAAGCUCCACAUCGAUGGAUGGCGAACGAAUAGGGUAGGUGAUAUUGGAUUGGCUGCUAUUGCAAGUAAUAGUGUUCAUCUUGUUGAGUUGGUGCUUAUAGGUGUCAAUCCAAGCAUCGAGAGCCUGUCUGCCAUAGCUUCGAAUUGCCAGAAGUUGGAGAGGUUGGCACUCUGUGGUAGCGAAACCAUUGGAGAUACAGAGGUUUCCUGCAUUGCAGCAAAGUGCUUGACAUUGAAGAAGCUCUGUAUAAAGUGUUGCCGGAUCACUGAUAAUAGCAUAGAAGCAUUAGCAAUUGGCUGCCCCAAUUUGGUGAAGCUGAAGAUCAAGAAAUGCAGGGGGGUGUCUAAUGGAGCUGCACGCGGUCUGAGGAAGAUGCGGGCAACAUUAGAUGUGGCUCUCGAUACUGAUGUAGUAGAAUUUGAUUCCCCGGCUGCCAUGGAAGCAAUAAGUAGUGAAGCAGCAGCACCAAAUGAUGGUGCAACGGUGACAGCAGAACUCGACAUUGAUCCUUCAUUGCCACAGUCCUCCAAUAGGCCAAGGCGUGGCCUUUUCGUAGGCCGGGGGAUAGGUGCCUGUGCGUGUUCCAGCACUUCGAACAGGAAUGGUGAUUCAAAUGAGGAUGUUAGAGAAUUUUGAUUUCUAGCAGCAAAUGGUUUGUGAAUAAAAACUAUGUUCCUUGAC